CGCCUACCUUGACUCACAAUCUGUAUUUAAAAUCAAUCGCAACAUCGUAAGAAAUAGAUUAUUGUCAGAACAUUCUUUGAUCAAAGCGUACCAAUUCAAAAUGUCGUCUACCAACUCCCAAGUACCAGAAGACCUCAAAGCCCGCAUGAAAGAGUCCUACGAUGCAAUUGCAACCGAAUAUAACUCCCGAUUCGUACGCGAUGAUGAUGCCAUUCGCUUAGACUAUCUCGAGCGCCUCUUCCAACGCCUUCGCGAAAAUGGAAAACAGGACGCGACCGUCUUAGAACUUGGCUGCGGUGCCGGCAUCCCGGGCACCAGAACGCUUCUGGAGAACAAAAGCCCAAGCUUCAGUGUGACAGCAAACGAUCUUUCCACAACGCAAAUCGAUCUUGCGAAGAAGAACCUGGAGGCCUAUUCGGAGAGACUUACGCUUGUGCAGGGAGAUAUGCUUCAGCUUUCGUUCGAGGAUGGUUCGUUAGAUGCUGUGGUCGGUUUCUACUCUAUCAUACAUCUUCCGCGUGAGGAGCAGACGGUCUUGCUGCAUAAAAUUGCGAAGUGGCUCAAACCAGAUGGUUUUCUGCUAGCGAAUUUUUCGAAGGAGGAAUUGCCCGUGGCGAUAGACGAGAAUUGGCUCAAGCAGGAGAAAGGGUGGGUUUUCUGGAGCGGAUGGGGAAGCGAGAAGACAUUGAAGAUUGUGGAGGAUGCCGGAUUUGAAGUCCUGAUCAAAGAAGUCAAGCAGGAUGUUAAAGAUGCAGCAUUUUUAUGGAUUCUUGCGAAGGUAAAAUGAAUAGAGCUGAUGAAGGUGGUGACCUGGGCGUUUUGGAGAGCUAUUGCACAGUUCCACAUCCGGUGGAGCUGGACUUUUCAAAUAUGGACUCGUGUGAAUACGGGCCGAGAUAAUUGUUAUCUCAUGUGCAUGUAUGUGUCAAUAGCACAAGUACGACUUAAUUGGAGGGCCUUGAAAAUAGAUGACGUUCACACAAGGCAACCCAAAGCCC